CACGUGACUUGCAGCAAUCAACCAGUCGUAAACAUUAGCCAGGUGUUUUCAAUUAGCACUCUGGCUCUACCUAACGGCACAUCGUCUGCAGUACAAGGUUCAGCGGCCAGCUGUCUCAUUUGUCUGGCUUCUCCCAGCUUCAACCACCAGUUCAGCACAGAGGCAACCACAACCAGGAUUAUUUCCAGGAUCAUUCGGGAGAGCCGUGCCAGUCUUUUUUGGCGUUGUGGAGCUCUCUGAGCAGCAAUGGAUUAUGCCAUGAAGUCUCUCAGCCUCUUGACCCCAGCUACCUUCUCCAAAUGUGUGACUGCUAGCAUGUCAGCCAGUGCAUCCAUGACACAUCAGCUUCUGUCCGGCCGAGCAUCUCGACCAAAGCCUUUCCGUGUGACUAAUGCUGACCGCAGCUUGAAGAAGGGCAUCAUGGCUGAUGCGCUAGACGACCUCAUCAACAAGGUGAGCGACUCAUUAAAUGUGCUGUGUGCCAGUGGACUGGUGCUGGAUGAAGAUGGAACAUGCGUGGACACACAGGAGUUCUUCCUGACGCUGCCGGAAAACACGGUCCUCAUGGUGCUGGAGAAGGGACAGAAGUGGACCCCAUUUCAGAACAGCCCGUCCAGAGACGAGCUCAGCAAGUGCAGGUUGAGGCCUCGGACUGAUGUGGCCAAGCUGACCUUUGACCUCUACAAGAACAACCCCAACGAUUUCAUUGGCUGUUUGAAUGUCAAAGCGACACUGUACGGUGUUUACUCGGUCUCCUAUGACCUGCGCUGUUAUGCCGCCAAAAGGAUGUUGAAGGAGGCUUUGCGGUGGACCAUCUUCUCCAUGCAGGCCACCGGCCACAUCCUGCUGGGUUCCUCCUGGUACAUCGAGCAGCUUCUGGAGGACUGUGAGGGGAGAGUAGAGAAGAGGUUGGUCCUGCCUCGGGAAGGCAGAAUCGGGCAGCUGCAGAGCUUGCUGCUGGGUCGAGCCGCCUACUGAGUUUGAACUCUGCAUGUCAGCUUUCCCUGCCAGAGCAUCUGACACUGUACGAGCGUCUUAUCUCAGACACUUUCCUAUAGCUGAAGAAGCAGCAGCAGCUGCAACAAUAUGAAUCUUGUUGGAUGUCAAAUGUCAUCCUGUGUGGAGAGUCAAUAAAACUUAGCACUUUUAAUGUAAACCCCUAUGUGUGUGGCCGAGUGGUCCAGCUGGCUCUCCGGUGCUUUCACUGUCCUGUGGAGGAGCACCAAAGUAAACAUUACAUUAGCGGCCCAAGUGCCAAUUUGACCAUCUAGUCAAAAAAAAUGCUGCACAAAUGUGACUCAGAAGUCGGUGUACUCCUUUUUAAUGUGUGUUCUGUAAUGCUGAUGUAAGAUGAUGGAAUAAAUGGCUGAUCUUA